GGAGGGGCGGACGGCGCCCGGCUGGCACUGCUCAGACCUGCUUCUCCCGACUCGGGGCGCUGAGGCGGCUUCGGGGAGUUGUCCAACAUGGAGGAGGCACCAGCUGCGGGCGUCACCUGCGAGCGGGACUAACACCCGCCUGGCGUUCCGGGCAGCGGUGCCGGGUCCCGAGCCCUGGGACUCGGCCGCCUGCACGCCCCACGGCGGACCCCGGCUCCGGUUGCUCGUCGGGCCGCGGGCUUCCCGACGGGGACGCAGCGCAAGGAGGGAGCGCAGCGGCCCCGAGUCCCUCUGAGCCAUGGGCAACGAGGCGAGCUUGGAAGGGGAAGGGCUCCCGGAAGGGCUGGCGGCGGCGGCGGCGGCGGCGGCAGCCGGAGGAGGGGCUGGCGGGGCGGGGAGCUCCUUGCACACCGUGAUCCCGGCCGGCAUGGAGGCGGAUCUGAGCCAGCUGAGCGAAGAGGAGAGGAGACAGAUCGCCGCUGUCAUGUCAAGGGCGCAGGGGCUGCCCAAGGGAAGCGUUCCCCCGGCCGCUGCGGAGCCGUCUUCCAUGCACAGGAAACAAGAGUUGGAUAGUAGUCAUCCUCCAAAACAAUCAGGGAAACCGCCGGACCCAGGGCGUUCAGCUCCGCCUGGUCUCAGUAAGAGUAGAACUACAGACACUUUGAGGUCAGAGCAGAAGUUGCCUGGAAGGAGUCCUUCCACUAUUAGCUUGAAAGAAUCAAAGUCCAGAACUGAUCUGAAGGAAGAGCACAAGUCUAGUAUGAUGCCUGGCUUCCUCUCAGAGGUUAACCCUUUAAGUGCUGUCUCCUCGGUUGUAAAUAAAUUUAAUCCUUUUGAUUUGAUAUCAGACACUGAUUCAUCCCAGGAAGAAACUGCCAAGAAACAGAAAAUGGCUCAGAAAGAACAGGGAAAACCCGAAGGAAUCACAAAACCUCCACCACAACAGUCACCUAAGCCAGUUCCUAAGCAGCAAGGACCUGCGAGGGUCCCACUGCAGCAGGAUGGCUCUCCCAGAUCAGUAUCUUCUCAGCAACCAGAGAAGAUUAAAUUACAACCUUCAGGGACAGGAAAGCCAAUUGAGGGGCUUACCCAGGCUCCUCAGACAGACCAGGCACAAUUGCCCCUUCAAAGAGAUGCAACCAGGCCUCAGACAAAGCAGUCAGACACACUAAGGGGAGAAUCAGUUAAACCCUCUUUGCAAAGCCCAUCCAAACCACCUAUUCAGCAGGGAGGUCCUGGAAAACCUCCAGCCCAGCAGCCUGGACCUGAAAAACUUGCUACAGCACAGCCUGGGCCUGCAAAGCCCUUAGCUCAGCAAACAGGGCCAGCGAAGGCCCUAGCUCAACAGCCGGGGACAGCAAAGCCCCCAGCCCAGCCACCAGGGACAACAAAGCCUACUGCUCAGCAGCCUGGGCCAAAGUCUCCAGCUCAGCCUGUUGGGCCUGCGAAGCCUCAAACUCAACAGGCUGGGUCAGACAAACUUCCAUCUCAGCAGCAAGGGCCAGCAAAGCCCCCAGCCCAGCAGCCAGGGACACCAAAAUCUCCAGCUCACCAGCCUGGGUCACAGUCUCCAGCUCAGCCACCUGGGCCUGCAAAGACUCCAUCUCAGCAAGUUGGGGCAACAAAGUCUCUGGGUCAGCAGCCAGGGACAGGAAAAACUCCUGCUCAACAGCCCGGCCCGGCAAAGCCCCCACCUCAACAGCCCGGCCCGGCGAAGCCCCCUCCUCAGCAGCCUGGCCCAGCAAAGCCCCCUCCUCAGCAGCCUGGCCCGGCAAAGCCCCCUCCUCAGCAGCCUGGCCCGGCAAAGCCCCCUCCUCAGCAGCCUGGCCCGGCAAAGCCCCCUCCUCAGCAGCCUGGCCCGGUAAAGCCCCCUCCUCAGCAGCCUGGCCCAGCAAAGCCCCCUUCUCAGCAGCCCGGCCCGGCAAAGCCCCCACCUCAACAGCCAGGCCCGGCAAAGCCCCCUUCUCAGCAGCCCAGCCCGGCAAAGCCCCCACCUCAACAGCCAGGCCCGGCAAAGCCUUCAGCUCAGCCGUCUACAAAACCAGUAAGCCAAACAGAAGCUGGGAAACCUCCUCAGCCAUCCACUGCUCCGUCUGCAGCCCAGACUCCAGGACAAGGCCUCCCUAAAACCAUCUGUCCUCUUUGCAAUACCACUGAACUUCUGUUGCAUGUUCCAGAAAAGGCCAAUUUUAACACAUGCACUGAGUGUCAAACCACUGUGUGUAGCCUGUGUGGUUUUAAUCCCAAUCCUCAUUUAACCGAGAUAAAAGAGUGGCUCUGUUUAAACUGUCAGAUGAAAAGAGCUCUCGGAGGUGACCUGGCUCCAGUUCCCUCAUCACCUCAGCCUAAACCGAAGAUUGCCCCUGUUGGUCCUGCAUCUGCCGUGAGCAAACCAUCCCCACAGCCACAGCACACUUCUCCAAAGAAGGAUACUGUACCCAAGCAGGAGAUCUCGAAGGCACCUGAGUCUAAGAGGCCCCCACCUCUAGUGAAACAACCGACCAUUCACGGCUCUCCCCCACUUGCCGCCAGGCAACCUCCAGCGGCGGCAGAGUCUUCGCCCAAGCCAGCCCCUCCCAAAGAGCCCUCGGUUCCCUCUGAGCAGGCCGAGGUCCCCGUGGCUGAUGAUAAACCAAAGCAGCCCAAGACGGGAAAGCCAGCCGCAGACGUCGCGUCUUCAUCGUCAGUAGCAGCACAACCUGAUAUUCCAAGCCCCAAAGUACAGUUGGAAGAUCAAGAGAUAAUAACCCCUCCUCUAAAAACAGACGCUGCCAAACCCUCCCAGAGUUUUCCACCAACGGGAGAAAAAGUCACCCCGUUUGAUUCUAAAGUCAUACCCCGACCUGCAUCAGAUUCGAAAAUUAUUUCACAUCCUGGGCCCAGCCCGGAGGGCAAAGGUCAAAAACAAGCUGAUCCAGUUCAGAAGAGAGAAGAGCCCAAGAAAGCACAAACCAAAAUGAGUCCUAAGCCAGAUGCCAAGCCGAUGCCAAAAGGGUCACCUCCACCCGCAGGCCCACGACCUCCCACUGGCCCAACUGCCCCCACAGCUCAGCAGCCCCCAAAGCCUCAGGAGCAGUCGCGACGUUUCAGUCUGAAUCUGGGAAGUAUUACCGAUGCCCCUAAAUCGCAGCCCACGACUCCUCAAGAAACUGUGACUGGAAAACUCUUUGGGUUUGGAGCAUCAAUCUUCAGCCAGGCAUCAAAUUUAAUCUCCACAGCAGGCCAGCCUGGGUCUCAAUCUCAGAGUGCUCUUGGAGCCCCAACAAAACAGGGCCCUCCUCCUUCACAGCCACCUCCUUCUCAGGGGCCACCCAAAUCCACAGGUCAGGUACCACCGGCACCUGCAAAGGUUGUACCUGUGAAAAAGGACGCAAAAGCUCCAGUAGCUGAAAAAUUAGAACCCAAAUCUGAACCAGUUCCAACAGUAAAAAGAACAGAAACAGAAAAGAAUCCUCUGCCUGUUAAGGAUAGCAAACCUCUAACAGCUGAGCCUCAAAAGGCUGUCCUUCCCCCCAAAUUGGAGAAAACUCCCAAACCAGAAUCAGCCUGUCCUCUCUGCAAGACUGAACUCAACAUAGGUUCUAAGGAUCCUCCUAACUUCAAUACUUGCACCGAAUGCAAGAAUCAAGUGUGUAAUCUCUGUGGAUUUAACCCUAUGCCACACUUGACUGAGAUUCAAGAAUGGCUUUGUUUAAAUUGCCAAACCCAGAGAGCAAUAUCAGGACAGCUUGGAGAUAUGGGCAAAAUGCCGCCUACACCUUCAGCACCAAAAGCCUCCCCUAUGCCUGUCCCUCCAGAACAACCAUCUCAGAAAACAGCAAUGCCUACUCAAGUAAAAGUGAAAAAGAAGGAACAAGAAGUAAAAACAGAAGCUGAACAAAUCAUUCCAGAAAAAGUGAAAGAGAUACCAUCAGUGGAAAAGAUUGUCCCGAAGGGGACCACAGACCACAAACAAGAGAGUAAACUAGAGAAAACUUCAGCCCCUGAGGACAAAAAGCCACUCCCAGAAGAAGAAAAGCCCCCUCUUGAAGAAAAAAAGCCACCCACUGAAGACAAAAAGUUACCUCCAGGAACAAAAACAGCUCUGGAGGAGGAACAGAAACAAGACUUAGCUAAAACUCAAGUACCAACUGCUGAGGAAAAGCCUGAAGGCAGAGUGACUCCACAGGUUGUACAAGAGAAGCUACCACAGACCAAGAUGGAAGACAAACCCUCUGGCCCACCUCCAAGUUUGUCAAAGGAAGAUGAUGAGGUGCCUCAAAAAAUUAAAGACCAGCCACAGGCAGCACGCCCAGCAAAGCCUGAUCAGGUGGAACCUGGGAAAGAAAAAACAGAAAAGGAAGAUGACAAAUCAGACACUUCAAGUUCUCAGCAACCAAAAAGCCCACAAGGUCUGAGUGACACAGGAUAUUCUUCUGAUGGGAUAUCAAGUUCACUUGGUGAAAUUCCAAGUCUUAUUCCAAGCGAUGAAAAAGAUUUGCUCAAGGGACUCAAAAAGGACUCUUUUUCCCAAGAAAGCAGUCCUUCCAGCCCCUCAGAUUUGGCUAAGUUAGAAAGUACGGUCCUCUCCAUUUUGGAAGCUCAGGCAAGUACACUUGUUGAAGAAAAGUCAGAAAAGAAAACUCAACCUCAUGAGGUUUCUUCUGAGCAGCCAAAGGACCCACAGAAAACUCAGAGUUUAUCUGAAACAGUGGAAACUACAAUUUCAGAAGAGGAGCUCAAAAAGAGUCCAGAAGAAAAAGACACUUUAAAAAAAGAUAGCCAACAAGACAUUCCUUCCAGAAAGGACCACGAAGAAAAGUCCGAGUUUGUUGAUGACACAGCUACAAGAAGACAGCUUUAUGAUUCAGUUGAAGACAGUAGUGAAAGUGAAAAUUCACCUGUUCCACAAAGAAAACGGAGAGCCAGUGUUGGUUCAUCGAGCAGUGAUGAGUAUAAACAGGAAGAUAGUCAAGGGUCUGGUGAAGAGGAGGACUUUAUUCGAAAACAGAUUAUAGAAAUGAGUGCUGAUGAAGAUGCUUCAGCUUCUGAAGAUGAUGAGUUCAUUAGGAGCCAGCUCAAAGAGAUUAGUAGUAGUAUUGAGAGCCAGAAGAAGGAAGACAUGAAAGGAAAAGGGAAAGCAACAGCCGGGAAACACAGGCGACUAACUCGGAAAAGCAGUGCCAGCUUUGAUGAUGAUGCAGGGAGACGCCAUUCGUGGCAUGAUGAAGAUGAUGAGACAUUUGAUGAGAGUCCUGAGCUUAAGUACAGAGAAACUAAAAGUCAAGAGAGUGAAGAACUUGUAGUUGCUGGAGGAGGGGGGCUACGUCGCUUCAAAACCAUUGAACUCAACAGCACAAUAGCAGAUAAAUACUCUGCAGACUCAUCACAGAAAAAAACGGCUUUGUAUUUUGAUGAGGAGCCAGAAUUGGAAAUGGAGAGCUUGACAGACUCCCCAGAAGAUAGGUCAAGGGGGGAAGGAUCUUCUAGUCUUCAUGCUUCCAGCUUCACUCCUGGCACGUCCCCUACCUCAGUGUCGUCUCUUGAUGAGGACAGUGACAGUAGCCCAAGUCACAAAAAAGGAGAGAGCAAACAACAACGUAAGGCUCGCCACAGGUCACAUGGUCCUCUUUUACCUACUAUUGAAGAUUCUUCAGAGGAAGAAGAAUUGAGAGAGGAGGAAGAAUUAUUAAAGGAGCAAGAAAAGCAGCGGGAAUUGGAACAGCAGCAAAGAAAGACUUCUAGUAAGAAAUCAAAGAAAGACAAAGAUGAACUUCGAGCUCAGAGAAGGAGGGAAAGACCAAAGACACCACCCAGUAAUCUCUCUCCCAUUGAAGAUGCAUCUCCAACAGAAGAAUUACGCCAGGCUGCGGAAAUGGAGGAGCUGCAUCGAUCUUCUUGUUCUGAAUACUCACCUAGCAUAGAGUCAGACCCGGAAGGCUUUGAAAUAAGUCCAGAAAAGAUAAUAGAAGUGCAAAAAGUUUAUAAAUUGCCCACAGCUGUGUCUUUAUAUUCACCAACAGAUGAGCAGUCUAUUAUGCAGAAAGAAGGUGGCCAAAAGUCAUUAAAAAGUGCCGAGGAGAUGUAUGAAGAAAUGAUGCACAAAACCCACAAAUAUAAACCUUUUCCAGCUGUACCUGAACGAGAUGAAAUGUUUGAAAAAGAGCCUUUGUAUGGUGGGAUGUUAAUAGAGGAUUAUAUUUAUGAAUCUUUAGUAGAGGACACGUACAAUGGUUCGGUAGAUGGCAGUCUGCUAACAAGGCAAGAAGACGAAAAUGGAUUUAUGCAGCAGAGAGGGAAAGAGCAGAAAAUAAGACUCCCAGAACAGAUUUAUGAAGAUCCUAUGCAAAAAAUAACAGACCUCCAGAAAGAGUUUUAUGAGUUAGAAAGCUUACAUUCUAUUGUGCCUCAAGAAGACAUUGUUUCAAGCUCUUUUAUCAUCCCAGAAAGCCAUGAAAUAGUGGAUCUGGGUAGUAUGGUGACUUCCACCAGUGAAGAAAAAAAAUUAUUAGAUGCUGAUGCUGCCUAUGAAGAACUCAUGAAGAGGCAGCAAAUGCAGUUAACACCUGGAUCCAGUCCAACCCAGCCCCCAAUCACAGAUGACAUGAUAGAGUCUACCGUGGACUUUGACAGGGUGCCUGAUGCAUCUUUGACAUCAAGUGUUCUCUCAGGAGCAUCUCUUACAGAUUCGACCAGCAGUGCAACACUCUCUAUCCCAGAUGUCAAAAUAACCCAACAUUUUUCAACAGAAGAAAUUGAGGAUGAAUAUGUAACAGAUUAUACAAGGGAAAUCCAAGAGAUAAUUGCCCAUGAAUCACUGAUUUUGACCUACUCAGAGCCUUCAGAAAGUGCUACAUCCGUCCCACCCUCUGACACACCCUCUCUCACGUCUUCUGUUUCUUCAGUUUGUACCACAGAUAGCUCCUCACCCGUCACUACCUUGGAUAGCAUAACCACAGUUUAUAUGGAACCAGUGGAUGUAGUAACUAAAUUUGAAGAUUCUGAGGGAAUUUCUUCAUCAACAUAUUUUCCGGGCAGCAUUAUAGACUAUCCGGAAGAAAUAAGUGUAUCUUUAGAUCGAGCCACCACACCAGAUGGAAGAACUGGUGCUGAUCAUAUCGUGAUUUCCUUAUCUGAUGUGGAGCCUCCUAUUCUAGAAUCUAUAGGAACUAAACCGGAGGGGCUGAUUGCUGACACUGUUUCCACUGACUUACCUGUAUCUGCAAAAGACGCAGUGAAGAAAGCCAAGAAGGACACUGGGAAUGGAAUUAUUCUCGAGGUUCUGGAAGCUUACAGAGAUAAAAAGGAGAAGACUGAGGUUGAACUAACAAAGAUGAGCUUUUCUGAAACUGUGUUUGAUCAACCUCCUUCUUCUGCAGUGGCCCUUCCAGUAGGGGAGCGGGUUUCAGCAACGUGCUUUAUAUCAGGACAGGUCUUUGAUCAAACAAAACCCGCCUCUCCAUUGCCAUCCGGCAGUCCUUCUGUUACCUCUCUUCCAACUAAAACGCGUCCAUUCUUUAGAAGUUCUUCUUUGGACACAUCAGCACAGCCUCCUCCUCCCCCUCCCCCUCCCCCUCCCCCUCCUCCCCCACCCCCUCCUCCCCCCCCUCCACCUCUCCCUCCACCAACCUCACCCAAGCCAAUCAUUCAUCCUACAAAAAAGUUAACAAUUACAGCUCCAGAGACUGUAACCACUACAGCUAAACCUCUAGUUGAUGGUGUUACUACAGUAGAGGCUACAGCUAUUCCAAGAAGUAAUGGGUUACCUGUAACAAAAAUAUGUACCACUGCACCUCCUCCUGUUCCUCCUAAGCCAUCUUCCAUCCCAUCUGGACUUGUCUUUACACAUAGACCUGAGCCAAGUAAACCUCCGAUUGCCCCUAAACCAGCAGUCCCUCAGCUUCCAGUAACCACACAAAAAUCAACAGAUACACACCCCAAGCCAACAGGUCUGUCUUUAGCUUCAAACAUGACAUUAAAUUUAGUGACUUCAGCAGAUUAUAAAUUACCUUCCCCUACCUCCCCAGCAUCCCCUCACUCUAACAAGUCCUCACCAAGAUUUUCCAAAUCCCUCAUGGAAACCUACGUGGUUAUCACAUUGCCAUCCGAACCUGGGACUCCAACUGAUUCUUCAACUAGUCAAGCAGUUACCAGUUGGCCCCUGGGAUCACCCCCCAAAGACCUGAUUUCCAUCGAACCAGUGUUUUCUGUAGUUCCUCCUAUGACAACUGCAGGAAUGCCAAGUUCUUCAGAACAGAGCUUGUACAUGUCAGGAGCUUUGGAGACAUUUUCUGCUGUCCCUGUCACAACGUUAUCUUCAUUUCAAGCAGCCCCAACCUCAGUUACACAGUUUUUCACAACUGAAGUUUCCAAGGCUGAGGCUUCAGCAGCCAGAAGUGCACUCACUAGUGUUGGUCUCAGCAGUGUCUCUAUAUCGAUUCCUCCAGAGCCUCUUGCUCUAGAUAACCUACAUUUAGAGAAGCGUCAGCAUAAGGAAAAUGGAAAGUUGCCGCUUGUUGGUGAUGCCAUUGAUUUGCGUACAGUACCAAAAGUAGAAGUUAAAGUAACUGAAAAGUGUAUGGAUCUUUCUGCCUCCACAAUGGAUAUGAAAAGGCAGACCACCACACAUGAAGUCUACGGGAGACAAAUCAGCGCCGUCCAACCAUCUAUUAUAAAUCUCAGUGCAACUUCAUCAGCAGUAACGCCGAUGCCCCUGGUCACUGAGACGGUGACUGUUGUCACGUGCGCAGCUAGUUCAGGUUACACCAUGGGCCCAGAGAGCCUAGUGGGUAUAGAACAUGCAACACCAGCACCCCUCCAGCUUACUACAUCGAAGCAUGCUGAGCCUCCCCCGUACAGGAUACCGAGUGGCCAGGCCUUUCCUGCAGUUAGGGAGGAUGCACCAAUAAACUUAUCUUUAGGUACAUCAGCACACCCAGUGACAUCGGCUGUUACAAAACCUGUUACCGCACCUCCUGUCGGAGUCACAAAUGGAUGGACGGAUAGCGUCACACGCCAGGGAAUGGCUGAUGGGGAAGUAGUAGAUCUCAGUACAACCAAGUCUCACAGAACUGUUGUAACGAUGGAUGAAUCUACUUCCGGUGUGGUGACCAAAAUAGUAGAAGAUGAUGAAAAGCCUGUCGAUCUGACUGCAGGAAGAAGAGCUGUAUGCUGCGAUAUGGUUUACAAGUUACCUUUUGGAAGGAGCUGCACAGCACAGCAGCCCGCAACUACUCUUCCUGAGGAUCGUUUUGGUUAUAGGGAUGACCACUAUCAAUAUGACCGGUCAGGCCCUUCUGGUUAUAGAGGGAUUGGGGGAAUGAAACCUUCCAUGUCUGACACGAAUUUAGCAGAAGCUGGACAUUUUUUCUAUAAAAGUAAGAAUGCUUUUGAUUAUUCUGGAGGAACUGAUACAGCAGUAGAUCUAACUUCAGGGAGAAUUACUGCAGGUGAGGUAAUGGAUUACUCAAGCAAGACUACAGGUCCAUAUCCAGAAACACGACAAGUCAUUUCAGAAGUUGGGAUUAGUACCCCACAGUAUUCCACAGCGAGAAUGACUCCACCUCCGGGAUCCCAGUAUGGUGUGGGGAGUGUUUUGAGGUCAUCCAAUGGUGUUGUCUAUUCUUCAGUAGCAACUCCGAUUCCCUCCACAUUUGCUAUCACCACACAGCCUGGCUCCAUUUUCAGCACCACGGUGAGGGAUUUGUCUGGCGUGCACACAGCUGACGCGGUGACUUCACUAUCCGCCCUGCACCAGAGCCAGCCAAUGCCUAGAUCAUAUUUCCUAACAACAGGUGCGUCUGAAACAGACAUUGCAGCAACCGGUAUCGAUAUCAAUGCCAGUUUGCAAACUAUUACAGUGGAAACCCUUACCGCUGAGACAAUAGACUCCGUUCCCACUCUAACCACAGCCUCUGACGUGUUUUCCGAAGUGGUGGGAGACGAAAGUGCUAUUUUAAUUGUCCCCGAAGAAGGCAAACAACAGCAGCAGCUCGACUUGGAGCGUGAGCUCUUGGAACUGGAGAAAAUCAAGCAGCAACGUUUUGCUGAGGAAUUAGAGUGGGAACGUCAGGAGAUUCAAAGGUUCCGAGAACAGGAAAAGAUCAUGGUUCAAAAAAAGCUGGAGGAGCUGCAGUCUAUGAAGCAGCACCUUCUGUAUCAGCAGGAAGAAGAGCGGCAAGCCCAGUUCAUGAUGAGGCAGGAGACAUUAGCUCAGCAGCAGUUACAGCUGGAGCAGAUCCAACAGCUGCAGCAACAGCUUCACCAGCAGCUAGAAGAGCAGAAGAUUCGCCAGAUCUACCAGUAUAACUAUGACCCCUCUGGAACUGCUUCUCCGCAAACCACAACAGAGCAGGCAAUUUUGGAAGGUCAGUACGCUGCCCCAGAAGGCGGCCAGUUUUGGGCAACUGAGGAUGCAACCACCACGGCCUCGGCCGUCGUGGCGAUUGAAAUACCACAGAGCCAAGGAUGGUACACGGUGCAGUCUGAUGGCGUCACUCAGUACAUCGCCCCACCUGGCAUCCUGAGUACGGUUUCAGAAAUACCUCUAACAGAUGUGGUUGUGAAAGAUGAGAAACCACCCAAAAAGAGAAGCGCUGCGGCUAAAGUCCGUGGACAGUAUGAUGAGCUCGGGGAACAUAUGGCCGAUGAUCCGCGCUGCUUUAAAAAGAUAGUGGACAGUGGCGUUCAAACCGACGACGAGGACGCGGCAGAUCGGAGUUAUGUGAGUAGGAGGAGGAGAACCAAAAAGAGUGUUGAUACGAGUGUCCAAACUGAUGACGAAGAUCAGGAUGAAUGGGAUGUGCCUGCUAGAGCAAGGAGGAAAGCUCGAGUAGGGAAAUAUGGUGACAGCACUGCAGAGGCUGACAAGACCAAACCCCUCUCCAAAGUCUCCAGCAUAGCAGUUCAAACAGUAGCAGAGAUAUCUGUGCAGACUGAACCAGUCGGAACCAUAAGAACGCCUUCAGUACGGGCACGCGUGGAUGCCAAGGUAGAAAUAAUUAAACACAUUUCAGCACCUGAAAAGACUUACAAAGGGGGCAGUUUAGGAUGUCAAACAGAAGCAGAUUCAGACACACAGAGUCCUCAAUAUCUGAGUGCCACAUCUCCACCCAAAGACAAGAAACGCCCAACACCUUUAGAGAUUGGUUACUCAUCUCACCUUCGGGCAGAUUCCACAUUACAGCUGGCUCCUUCCCCACCCAAAUCUCCAAAAGUCCUUUAUUCACCCAUCUCACCACUUUCACCAGGCAAAGCCUUAGAAUCAGCCUUUGUACCUUAUGAAAAACCCCUCCCUGAUGAUAUAAGUCCGCAGAAAGUACUGCAUCCAGAUAUGGCUAAAGUGCCCCCGGCAAGUCCUAAAACAGCCAAGAUGAUGCAGCGGUCCAUGUCUGACCCCAAGCCUCUGAGUCCAACAGCAGAUGAAAGUUCCAGGGCUCCUUUUCAGUAUACCGAGGGCUACACGACAAAAGGUUCUCAAACCAUGACACCUUCUGGCUCCCAGAAAAAAGUUAAGAGAACUCUGCCAAACCCACCUCCCGAGGAGACCUCCACAGGCACUCAGUCAACAUACAGCACAAUGGGCACAGUUUCCAGGAGAAGGAUCUGCAGAACCAACACAAUGGCACGGGCCAAGAUUCUCCAGGAUAUAGACAGAGAGCUUGAUCUUGUAGAGAGGGAAUCUGCAAAGCUUAGAAAGAAACAAGCAGAACUUGAUGAGGAAGAAAAGGAGAUCGAUGCCAAGUUACGGUACCUGGAAAUGGGAAUUAACAGGAGGAAAGAGGCAUUAUUAAAGGAGAGGGAAAAGAGAGAGCGUGCCUACCUCCAGGGAGUAGCUGAGGAUCGGGAUUAUAUGUCUGACAGUGAGGUGAGCAGCACCCGACCCACCAGAAUAGAAAGUCAGCAUGGCAUAGAGCGACCAAGAACUGCUCCCCAAACUGAAUUUAGUCAGUUUAUACCACCGCAAACCCAAACAGAAUCUCAACUGGUUCCUCCUACGAGUCCUUAUACACAGUACCAGUAUUCUUCCCCUGCUCUUCCUACCCAAGCACCCACCCCAUAUACCCAACAGUCCCAUUUUCAGCAACAGACUUUGUACCAUCAGCAAGUUUCACCUUAUCAGACUCAACCAACAUUUCAAGCUGUGGCAACAAUGUCCUUCACACCUCAAGCUCAACCUACACCAACCCCACAACCUUCUUACCAGUUACCAUCACAAAUGAUGGUGAUACAACAGAAGCCAAGGCAAACUACAUUAUAUUUGGAGCCCAAGAUAACUUCAAACUAUGAGGUAAUUCGCAACCAACCCCUGAUGAUAGCACCUGUUUCUACUGAUAAUACGUAUGCUGUUUCCCACCUUGGGAGUAAGUACAAUAGCUUAGACUUGAGAAUAGGAUUGGAGGAAAGAAGUAGUAUGGCAAGCAGUCCAAUAUCAAGCAUAUCUGCAGAUUCUUUCUAUGCAGAUAUUGACCAUCAUACUCCACGAAAUUAUGUCCUAAUUGAUGACAUUGGAGAAAUUACCAAAGGAACAGCAGCAUUAAGCACUGCAUUUAGCCUUCAUGAAAAGGAUCUGUCAAAAACAGACCGUCUCCUUCGAUCCACUGAAACACGUAGGUCUCAAGAAGUGACAGAUUUCCUGGCACCAUUACAGACUUCCUCCAGAUUGCAUAGUUAUGUGAAAGCAGAGGAAGAUCCCAUGGAGGAUCCUUAUGAGUUAAAGCUUCUGAAACAUCAGAUUAAGCAAGAAUUCCGUAGAGGAGCAGAGAGCUUAGAUCACCUUGCUGGUCUUUCCCAUUACUACCAUGCUGAUACUGGCUAUAGACAUUUUCCAAAAUCCGAAAAGUACAGCAUCAGUAGACUCACACUUGAAAAACAAGCAGCAAAACAACUACCAGCAGCCAUACUUUAUCAAAAGCAGUCAAAGCAUAAGAAAUCACUAAUUGAUCCUAAAAUGUCAAAAUUUUCUCCCAUUCAAGAAAGUAGAGACCUUGAACCUGACUAUACAAGCUAUAUGACUUCUAGCACCUCAUCUAUUGGCGGCAUUUCUUCCAGAGCAAGGCUUCUUCAAGAUGAUAUCACUUUUGGACUCAGAAAAAAUAUUACAGACCAACAGAAGUUUAUGGGCUCAUCCCUUGGAACAGGACUGGGCACAUUGGGAAAUACCCUACGUUCAGCUUUGCAGGAUGAAGCAGAUAAGCCAUACAGUAGUGGCAGCAGGUCCAGACCUUCUUCCAGACCUUCGUCUGUCUAUGGGCUUGAUUUAUCAAUUAAAAGAGAUUCUUCCAGCUCCUCCCUAAGACUGAAAGCUCAAGAGGCUGAAGCUCUAGAUGUUUCCUUUAGUCAUGCUUCACCUUCUGGCCGAACUAAGCCUACCAGUUUACCAAUUAGCCAGAGUAGAGGAAGAAUACCAAUUGUGGCCCAGAAUUCUGAAGAGGAAAGUCCACUCAGUCCUGUUGGCCAGCCAAUGGGAAUGGCCAGGGCUGCAGCUGGGCCCCUGCCACCAAUAUCUGCAGACACUAGGGAUCAGUUUGGAUCAAGUCAUUCAUUGCCUGAAGUUCAGCAACACAUGAGAGAAGAAUCACGAACUAGAGGCUAUGACCGUGACAUAGCGUUCAUCAUGGAUGACUUCCAACAUGCCAUGUCAGACAGUGAAGCCUAUCAUCUGCGUCGUGAAGAAACAGAUUGGUUUGACAAACCCAGGGAGUCUCGUUUGGAAAAUGGACAUGGUCUGGAUCGCAAACUGCCAGAAAGAUUGGUCCACUCUAGACCACUUAGUCAACAUCAAGAGCAAAUUAUACAGAUGAACGGGAAGACUGUGCACUACAUCUUUCCUCACGCAAGGAUAAAAAUAACAAGAGACUCUAAGGAUCACACGGUUUCAGGUAAUGGAUUAGGAAUUAGAAUUGUGGGUGGUAAAGAAAUCCCUGGACAUAAUGGAGAAAUUGGAGCCUAUAUUGCCAAAAUUCUUCCUGGAGGAAGUGCAGAACAAACAGGAAAACUUAUGGAAGGGAUGCAAGUGUUGGAAUGGAAUGGAAUUCCUUUAACUUCUAAAACAUAUGAAGAAGUGCAGAGUAUCAUUGGUCAGCAAAGUGGGGAAGCAGAAAUAUGUGUAAGACUGGACCUCAAUAUGCUGUCAGACUCUGAAAAUCCCCAGCACCUGGAGCUUCAUGAGCCACCGAAAGCUGUGGAGAAAGCAAAAUCCCCAGGGGUUGAUCCUAAGCAGUUGGCAGCAGAGCUCCAGAAGGUCUCAUUACAGCAGUCACCCCUGGUUCUGUCGUCCGUUGUUGAGAAAGGAUCUCACGUUCAUUCAGGUCCAACAUCAGCAGGAUCCAGUUCCGUCCCCAGCCCUGGGCAACCGGGGUCACCCUCAGUGAGCAAAAAGAAACACGGCAGCAGCAAGCCUACUGAUGCAGCCAAGGUUGUCUCUCAUCCAAUUACAGGGGAAAUUCAGCUUCAAAUCAACUAUGAUCUUGGAAAUCUCAUAAUCCAUAUUCUCCAAGCAAGAAACCUUGUCCCUCGAGACAACAACGGUUAUUCGGACCCCUUUGUUAAAGUGUACCUUCUUCCUGGGAGAGGUCAAGUCAUGGUUGUCCAGAAUGCAAGUGCUGAGUACAAGAGGAGGACUAAAUAUGUUCAAAAAAGUCUUAAUCCUGAAUGGAAUCAAACAGUAAUUUAUAAAAGUAUCUCCAUGGAACAGCUCAAGAAGAAAACACUGGAGGUGACCGUCUGGGAUUAUGAUAGAUUUUCUUCCAAUGACUUUCUUGGUGAGGUACUGAUUGAUUUAUCUAGCACAUCUCACCUCGAUAACACUCCUAGAUGGUAUUCUCUCAAAGAACAGACUGAAAGCCUCGAUCAUGGCAAGUCGCAUUCCAGUCAGGGCAGCCAGCAGCCUCCAAAGCCAUCUGUCAUCAAAAGCAGAAGCCAUGGUAUCUUCCCUGACCCAUCCAAGGACAUGCAGGUUCCCACCAUUGAGAAAUCCCACAGUAGUCCUGGUAGCUCGAAAUCCUCCUCCGAAGGUCACCUCCGCUCUCACGGACCGUCUCGCAGCCAGAGCAAAACCAGCGUCACCCAGACCCACCUGGAAGAUGCAGGGGCUGCCAUAGCCGCUGCCGAAGCCGCAGUGCAACAGCUCCGCCUGCAACCAACAAAGCCUACCAAUCACCGCCCCGCAGAAAGCUCCGUGUCUACCGGCUCCUCGGGCAGCAGCUUUGGCAGCGGGUACAGCGUGGACAGUGAAGGAAGCAGCGGCACUGCAGGGGAGACUAAUCUAUUUCCUAUUCCAAGGAUAGGGAAGAUGGGGCAGAAUGGGCAAGAGCCUGUUAAACAGCCAGGGGUAGGAGUGGGACUAACAGACGCUGAAGUCAAAACUCAGGUAAUGGGAGAAAUCAAGAUUGCACUGAAGAAGGAAAUGAAGACAGAUGGUGAACAACUGAUAGUUGAGAUUCUCCAAUGCAGAAAUAUCACCUACAAAUUUAAGUCUCCUGAUCACUUACCAGAUUUAUAUGUAAAAAUAUAUGUGAUGAACAUCUCUACCCAGAAGAAAGUGAUCAAGAAAAAAACGAGAGUUUGCAGACAUGAUAGAGAGCCUUCAUUCAAUGAAACUUUUAGAUUCAGCCUCAGUCCUACUGGGCAUUCUCUUCAGAUUUUACUUUUCUCUAAUGGAGGGAAGUUUAUGAAAAAGACCUUGAUUGGCGAAGCCUGUAUCUGGCUUGACAAAGUGGAUCUGAGAAAAAGAAUAGUCAACUGGCACAAACUUUUGGUCAGUCCUACUCAAACCCAUUGAAGAAAUGUGUCUGCUCAGGGUAUGGAAACUGUUCUAAAUGAUCUCAAAUCAAGACGACAGUUGGAUACUAUUCUAUUCACGUUUUGGGGGAUAAACGUGAAAGGAGGAACGGCACGCAAAAACAAAGUCUUGUAAAUGUUUUGUUGUGGAACACAGUAAAAAACUCAGAUGAAGAAGUUCCUGUUUUAGGGACCAAAAAAAAAAAAAAAAGGAUUGCGUGUGGCUGUCAAGACAAACAGUGAGAGCUAUCUUGGUUACUUAAUGCAGAUUAAUGGUGAUUUUGAGCAGAGUUGCACUAUAGCUAAAGGCAAAUGCUCAACUAUUAAUAUGGUUUCUAAUGCAGAGUUUAUUCUUUAUGCAAAAGAAUCUUGGUUGAAAGGAAAGAACUGACGUAACAAAUCACAAUUUUCAGACGUCUACAAAUCUUUCUUCUUCAUCUUAUUUUCUCCGACAACUUACUGUGUUUAGAUUCCAACACAGGACUCAACUACAGGAUGUGUUCAAGACUAAGAGGGAGGUGGUUGUGUUCAUAAGGAAAAGGUACUGGAGAUGGGGAAAUGAUGGCUUUUAGAUUUUCUCUAUGUCUAAAUGUUACAAGCGUGAACAACACCAACUUUGGAAUUCAUGUUGUAAAAGCACAUUUGUAUAAUUUGAAAUAAUGUAGAGUGAAGAUAAUACUAAGUAGAAAUGGACCUAUGUUUAUUUAGAAAUAAAGCCAUGAUUGGCUAACAAUGAAUGUUGCCCCACAAAAAUAUUGGAACCUUGGUUGAAAACAUCAAAAUCUCCAUAACUUACCAUUACAUUUUCAACAUACCAAAGAACAUAGACUAAAACGGUAUGUUCUAGGAAGCAUGAUAAGUUGUUCUUUGUGCAAGUGCAAAUAAAUGUGUCAUUCCACGUAUUUCCUUUCUCUUGAGUGAUGUAUUGAAGGAGGAUAAAUUCUUCCUCUGGAAAACACAUCAUAUUAAUCUGUGACACCAAUUCUUUAAUUGGUGUCAUUUCCUGUUCUUCCAUAAUGCUUUUUUUUUCCCCUUAGCGCAUUAACUGAUUGCACAAUGACACCAAACUUAAGUUCUCUCUAGUGUUCCAUUUUCCUCCUUUAGUGACAAUAUCGCAGUGAUCAAGCUUGUCAAUACUGGGAAAAUAUGUGAAAAGUCAACAGUAUAUUGAGAGUAAAAUAUAACGAGCUAUUUUAAUAAUGCAGAAUAAAAGAACCAAUGCCUAAGUCAUUAAAAUGAAGCAUCCUCUUCUCCACCAACCAACAGGAAAUACACUGAGCUGAGAUUAAAAGCCCAGCUUCUGUCUUGGUCCUGCCACUGACUGUGUCACCUUGCACAUGUCCCUUCAAGUCACUUUUCCCCAGGUUUCUUAUUUGUAGGAUAAAUAUAAUUACAUAUUCUUAGCUUUCCUAAUGGGAUGUGGGGAUGACCAAACCAAGUGAACUGUGAGAAAAAAGAAAGCACAUUUCCAGAUACAAUUUUAUAGAUAUAAGCAAGGAAUAAUUGUUAUGCAGCUCUUUAUUUCUCAAAUUUUAUAUGCAAAAACAUCCUCCAUACCAAUGGUCAGCAUUGACUUGGAUAAAAGUAGUAUAUUAGCUCCAAAACUAUUUUUUUCUUUAAAAUAUAACCUGGUGUUGAACCUGCGAAAAGGUGAAGAAUUAAAUCAAAAUGAUUUGCAAAUCGAGUUAUUAUAAAUGAAAUGAACCUACUAACCUUAUCCUACCCCAAAAUAAAUUGGUUCUCAGACUGUUCUGAGUUUUAAAAGCUGCUUCUUUAUUCAAAGGUGGGAUUUCCACGGGUUUAGAGAAAUCAUCCCCAAAUAUACUGGUUGGAUGUUGAAUUUUCUCAUUUUUUAAAGAAAAACAUACUUGAAAUUUGAGAGGAAUUGAUUUAAUGUAAAACAUUAAAAAGAAAACAAUUUCUAAUAAAUGCCAGGCUAUCUUUGUUAUAUUCAUAAAGAAAUAGAAAUUCACUCUUCCCCAGUCUAAGAAAGCUAACAGUCACUUUUCUUCCCUGUAUUUUUUCCCCUCCCCUCCCUGAUAUCGCAGUGUCAUUUACCAAUUGAUACUGCUUUAAAACGAGCACGCAGGGGAGGGGAUUGCUGAAGAUUCGAUAUUGCUAGGAUUUUAUUUUUAGAGACAGCUGGAUCUGCUGAUGGUUGCUAUGGAUAUCGCCGGCAGAAGUUAGCACUUUAGGGAGCUUAUAAUCAUCAUUCAUAAUUGGGGAAGAGAAGGAUUCAGGAAGAUCUCUUUUUGACACAAAAAGGUUCUGCUCUUUGCCCUUAAAAGGACACUCUAGCUCACGCUAGGUCCUCUUCUGCAGCCACUCACACCCAGAGGUAUGCAGGGGAGGUUGUAGGAGCAGUAAGUUUUACUUCAUUCCAGUUGCAAAUUUAUUUUAGAAUAAUACAAAUGAGGUGCCACCAAAAACAAAGAUCAUCCCUUGGUAGCUAUUUGACUUGAAAGAGUAGGAGUCUUUGCAUUACAGGUGCCCCUUUGUUCCGAGGAACUAGUGACGGACGGGGCCAGGUCAAUCAAGAGAGCUAAUGACAUGGCUUUUUGUGCACCAGCAUCCCCCUUCAGAGAGCAUAAGAUCCUGCCAAAGUGUGCCAAGUUUGCCACUGACCAAAAUCCUAAGUUGUGCUGGAAUUAUUCUAUGCAACACUGAUCCUUGAACAAAUGCAUUUCUUCUGAAUGAUGUUGAUUACCCUUCUUACAACAAAACGAUUUCUUUUUUAAUUGCAAAUAGGGCUCCUGGUGUUUUUUACUUUUUUGUAUAUCUCACAGCACAUGAUUUUCCACUUUUUAUUUUAUUUUAUUUUUUUGGAAUCAGCUUUUUUUUUUAUCCGACUGAUGACAAAGUUUGUAAUUUCUAAAUAAUAUGUGAUCAGUCCAAGUACAACACCUAUAUUUUGAAAAGCAUCUUAAUUUUUCCCACAAUUUCAUCAAAUCGUCAGAGACUGGAGUUGCUUCUUGGUUUAAAAUUGGGUCCUAAGGAACUUUUAGCUGUAGAAGCAAAAGCACAGAGUGAAUUUUUACAAAAGACGGGGACUUCUAGGAUGGUCGUUACAGACAUAGAUAACAGUUUGAGCAAGAAGUUGGUGUUUCCCUUAUUUUUACUUAAGAUUAAGAAGACUUUUGGUGACUCUGAACUCUUUCUUUACCAUUUCUGUUGAAAAGAACAGUUUCCAAGAUUAAGGAGCAGGGAUGGUCUUUGCUCCUUAAUGUGCCCAUGUUGUAAUUAACCGUACUAAUAAAUGCAUAUUUUCAACAUAUCAGUGGGAUUAGUUUUGUGGAUCACACACAUUAAAAUAGUCAUAUUGUGGGAAUAUUAUAGCUGGUAACCAGCUGAUACCGAUUCUUUCUAUAGGAAUGUUGUGAUGAUAGCGGUAAUAGUGGUAGUGACACUAGGUCGGUGGUCCUGUGAAGUGAAAUAAAAUUAUAUACUAUAUUGUGCCCAAUUUAUUAGAAAUUAUUUGACCAAUGUUUCAUUUCAUUAAGAUAUCAUAAAGAUGUUUAUAGUAUUUUUUUACUUUAUUAUUUAAAUCAUAACUAACAAUAUUUUUAAAAACUUAUUUUCAUUGCUAUAAUGUCUAAUAUUCCCAAAGCAGCCAACUACAGCUAUAUAUAUAUAUAUGUUUAUAACUCUACAUGUGACAGAGUGAGUUGCCUCUUGUUGAGCUUGAGAUGGAAGUGACGGAAAGCUCGAUGAAUAAUCAUGAGCCGUCUCUUUAAUAAUUACUUGCCUUUGAUGUAAUACAAAAAAUGAAUGAGUGAAACAGAUAUUCUCAUUGAAUAUGACACAUUGAUGUUUUCUGUAUGUUCCAUGUUGUUGUUAUUAUUAAAGAAGCCCAUUAAGUCAAAAUCAUUUAAUCCAAUGAUUCCUUAUCUGAAAUGUAGAUUGAGAGCAUUUUCUUAAAUCGUUACCCUGUACAUACCUAUACAUUUGGUAAAAUAGACAAAGUUGAAAUAAUAAUUUCAUUUGGCAUUCAGCAUGUGAAUAUGAUUAUCGUUUGAUUGUGUCUGUAUAUUUGUCGGUGAUGUGCUCAGGUGCUCCCACUACUGAUUAAUGUGUGUGCUAAUAUCCUAACAAAAAACACAUCUGAUAUUAAUGGAAAACAUUCUUGUCUGAAAGAAUAAAAAUCUAAUAAAAUUGAUUUCAAAAUAAAAAAUAAAGUACUUGGAGAUAUGUCUUGUUUCUAACUACAUGUUGCAUGCCAUGUUGGUGAUUUGCUAAUGUGUUCUUUUCUGUUCUACCCAAAUCUCUCUGGAAAAUCUAAUGAACAAAUACAAAUUCUUGGGCUAAAGGUUGUAUACAUUGAAUUGAAAUAUACGAGAAUUGUAUUAAAAAUGCUUGUAAAUCUGUCUUGAGUUUUACCCUAUGUAAAAAUAUGUCUUGGUUUUGUGAUUGUAUACAAGAUAUAUCUUGAUAACUUAUGCAAAUUGUGCUGUAUAAAGGCUGUUGCCUCAGCCUUACCAAUAAAUAUUGAAAAUGUCA